UACUCUGCUAUGAUCAGUCUGUUGGCUACAAGAUAAUCACGAAACCACAUUGAUUCUGUUUACAACAACGAUAUACGAUAAUUUCCGUUUUGUAUCUGCCGGCAUCAUCAACCUGCCAUCGGCUGAACUAGUCGCCUUCGACAUCUCACCCGACAGUCGACUCUCAAUUCGAGGUCUGCAAAAAUUGAUAAGUCAUAAUAAAUCAGUCCAAAAUGACAACACCCUCCGUAUCCGCCAUCUCCGCCUACCGGCAACUCCUCCGCGCCACCCGUAUAGCUUUCAAAGAUGACUAUAGAGUCCUCCUAGCCGCUCGCACCGAAGCCCGUAAACAAUUCGACCAACACAAACGGACAGCCGUUGAUACACCCAUGCAGAUCCAACAUGCGCUCGAAACGGCGAGUAUAUUACGACAUAACAUAGUCCAGGGCGCACGGGAUGCGGAAAAGGAGGAUGCCAAAUGGGAACUACGGAUUCACGACGACAUUGAGCGAGGGGAUAAUGAUUCUGUAAAGAUUGGGGGAAAGAAGGUUAAAAUUGAGAAGGCUUGUUCUUGAUUAUUCGAUUAUUUAGCAGAUUGGCGUUUGGGAUA